AUGUCAAAAAGAAAUUCAGUUUCGGACCGUGAAGGUGGUUCAAAAAUAAGAAAAAUAGACGAAGAAUUAGUUAUUGAUUCUGAAUUAAUGGCUCAUCAUAAUAAACAUCAACAACAACAAGGUAAAAAUGAUCAGUCAAAAGCUGCUAGUGCUGUUGCUCAAGCUCACGAUCAUCAACAACAAGUUCAAAAACAAGCUCAGCAAGCCCAAGAAGCUUAUUUAAAACAACAGGCACAACAACAUAUUCAACAUAUGCAAAUUCAGCAACAACAUCAACAAUCACCUACUCAACAACAACAAGCAGCUCAACCGCAACCACAACAACAAACUCAACAAGAACACGAAUCUUCAGCUGCAGGAUCUCCUCUACAUCCAGAUAGUCCAUCCUCACAAACAGGCCCAAGACCAACUCAAGGCUCAGAAGAAUGGCACAAACAAAGAAAAUUAAACCAUAAAGAAGUAGAAAGAAGAAGAAGAGAAGCAAUAAAUUUAGGUAUUAAAGAAUUAGCUGAUUUAAUUCCAACAAGAGAUACAAACAAAACCCAAAUUUUACAAAGAGCUGCUGAGUAUAUAAAGAGAUUAAAAGAAAAUGAAAAUAAUAAUAUUGAAAAAUGGACAUUAGAGAAAUUAUUAACUGAACAAGCUGUUUCUGAAUUAUCUGCUUCAAAUGAAAAAUUAAAAUCUGAAUUAGAAAGAGCUUAUAGAGAAAUCGAACAUUUGAAAGAGCAAUUGAAUAAAGCAGCUAAAUAG